UGCCCGGGGAGACGGGCCUGGUCCUCGCCGCCGCCUCGGCCACGGGAUGGAGCGGGAGCGCUGGGCCGUGUCCAGCAGCGAGGGGAGUGAUAUCGAGAGACCGGACACACCGCCAGGGCCUGCUAGGGUGACAAAGUUUCAGUGUCCGUCGGAAUUUACCGCGUGUCCACAGGCAACAUCAUGUGAGCUCAAGCCAGAGAAAGUGAACGACCCCUCCACAGAACUCUGGCUCAUCAAAGCACCCACGGACUUCGAUCCACAUAGUUUCUCCGGAAGGAAGAUCCCGUUGGUUGGUUUUCAGACUCUUCGGUCGAAGACGUGCAAAGACAAACUUUAUAACGUGUUUGGCACGCCCAGAGGAGCAGGAGGAGUCUGCCUGGUCCUCCCAUCAGGCACACAGGGCUGCCCGCCAUUCGCAGGUUCCGUCACUAUUGGCGAGAGUUGGGAGGACCCUGGCAGCAGUGAGCCACGCUCCAUCCCCACCAGUCCAGCCCCCAGCAUCCCGCCAGGCCUGAAGCUGAGGUUCCAGCCUUUUGGUGCUGCCUCACCCUGCCGGCUAAGAGCCACCCCACCGGAGCGCGACUGUACUGGGGAGCCUAAGGCCAAGAGGAGGAAGCGGCUGAAAGGAAAGGUAGCAGUCGGUGGGGACGAGCCUGACCAUACAGCAGCGGCCGGCACUCCGAGAAAGAAAAAGAGCAAACGAGACCAGGAGGAAGCUGGCUUCGAACACUCCAAUACUGAGAUGCCAGAACCCAAGAACCGAAAGCAGGAGAAGAAGAGGAGGAAAGAGAGAGAGAUGCCACAGACUGCGCCCCCCAAGGUGAGUAAGAGUCACAAGAAGAAAAAGAAGCAUAAACCUUAAUUGUUCACUGGAACUCCUGAGGACAUUACCCAUUCAGAAAGAUUGUCAAGCCAUUUACAGUAAAACUGUAUGGUAAACGGGCUAUGCUGAACUGCGAUGUAUUUAAGAAACUGUCCUUUUCUGUCCGAGUGCACAUUUGAGAAUUCCAAGGUGUUGGAAGAUUUCAAGUGAAAUCAGGUUUCUGUCGUGACGCAGAAGUGUGCUGUCCUGUACCCAGCUCUCUCCAGAACAUCCACUCGCUCCUCCUUUUGAGACUGCAACACCUGUCCCCCAUGCGAUCCUUUUGUAUACUGAAGAAUGUGUAUUUUUUUAAAAAGAAUAAAUCUGUCAUUUGGAGUACAGGUUCAGAACUGUGGCAGUCAAGGCUGAA